CUACGUUGCGACAGUGCUCGCCCCCGCAGGUGAUAACCUGAAUCCCCGAGCCCGGCACCGGAGGGCGAGAUGAACGCGCUGGCCUCCCGAGUCGUCCAGAUCUGCGAUCGCUGGUGGCAACCCGAGCCGGCCCUCCUGCCCCCAGGGUGAGGUGCAGCCCCGAGUCGCCCAGACAGAUGGCCCCAGGCCAAGUGCCCCAUCAUUGUGCCUCCUGGAGGGAAACCUACCCCUUUUUCCUUCUGUCCCCACUGAUGGGCCUUCUCAGCAGGGCCUGGAGCCACCUGAGGGGCCCAGGACCUCCAGAACCCUGGCUGUUGGAACCAAUAACCGAAGCCGAUCAGGGAGAAGCUGGCCUGGGGGGAGAAGCCAAGACAUUUCUGGCCACCUGCCAUGCCCCCUGGGUCAGGAACUUUCAAGGGGAGACUGGAGACAGUGGAGCAGCUGAGGAGGAUGGAGAAGCAUUUUGGGAGGCCUGCCAUGAUUUAAAAGCCAACCGUUCUCCUCUUAAAGCCUGGGAACUUUCAGAAGAUGACGACGAAAAGUGUGGUGGGGACCAAGCAGCCAGUGUCCCUAAAGAGCAAGGAGGUGAAUUUAGAAAUGGCCAGCCUGCUCCCCUGUCCCCCAGCCUUCUAAGAACCCUGCAAGAACCUCGUGGAGAGGAGCCAUCUGUGGAAGGAGGAGCUGCUGAAGAUGAAAUGGUCACGUUCUUCUCUUUUCCUCCAUCACUCUGGGAGUGUGGUCCAGGGGAGGAGGAGGAAGAAGAAGCUGUACACAAAGAAGCUGCCAGAACACCUACUGCCCCUUUAUCCCCGGGAUCCAAGCCCAAAGCUCAGGUGUACUGUGCUGGAGAGGAAGGGGUUCAAGCCACAGAAGAAGAAAGAACAGAGAACAGAGAAGUCAGAAAGAGCUGUGUUUCCCCCUCAUCUUCAGGCUUUCACCCCUGGGCCUGGGAGUGGUGUUCAGGAGAGGACACAGAGGAAGAAGAUGAGGACAGUGAUACAGGACCAGCUGAGGAGGAGGGAGAAGCUGAGGAUCCUUGUUCCGUCCCAUCCACAAGUGCCUUCAUGAGGGCCUGGGUGUAUCGACCAGGAGAGGACACAGAGGAGGAAGAUGAAGAAAGUGAUACGGGACCAGCUGAGGAGGAGGGAGAAGCUGAGGGUCCCUGUUCUAUCCCAUCCACAAGUGCCCUCGUGAGGGCCUGGGUGUAUCGACCAGGAGAGGACACAGAGGAGGAAGAUGAAGACAGUGAUACGGGACCAGCUGAGGAGGAGGGAGAAGCUGAGGCCACAGAUACGUUCUCAAGGGCCUGGGUAUAUAGACCAGGAGAGGACACAGAGCAGGAAGAGGAUUCAGAAGCCCCUCACUCUGAGCCAAGUCCCUCCCUUCAAGCUCAGGGCACCCUCCACAGGGGCUGGACAUACCGGCCUAGAGAGGACGACACGGAGGCAGGGGCAGUUGCUGAGGAGCGGGGAGAAGCUGAGCCCUGCCCCUUCCGAGUGGCCAUCUAUUUACCUGGAGAGAAGCUGCCACCUCCGUGGGCUCAUCCUCAGCUGCCCCGCCGGCUGCGGAGGCGACUGAAGCCCACAGAAACCCCCACCUGGCAUCCAGACCCUGAGACGCCCCUACAGUCGCGAAAGGUUCGCUUCUCUGAGAAGGUCUCUGUCCAUCUCCUGGCUGUCUGGGCAGGACCGGCCCAGGCCGCCCGCCGGGGACCCUGGGAGCAGCUCGCCCGGGAUCGCAGUCGCUUCGCCCGGCGGAUCGCCCAGGCCCAGGAGCAGCUGGGCCCCUGUCUCACCCCUGCCGCCCGGGCCAGGGCCUGGGCCCGCUGCGGGAAUCCUACUUCCCUUCUGGCCGCCACACCUGCUGCCCCCCAGAUCUUACCACUGUCCUCCAUCCAGGCCACACCCUUGAGCCAAGUUGGGGCAUCUCCCCCCACUCCUGUGUCCCCAUCUCCUUGCCUGGACCUCAGUGGGAGGUGUGGCUAAGAUCACGGAGUUCUGUGUUUCUACUAGUUAUUUAUUUUUGUGUGUCGUUUUAUAAUAAGAAAUAAAACUUGCUGAUUUGUAACAA